UUCACAUUUGAAGCAGCAUUCACAAUAAACUUUUAUUGUCAAUUAAAUGAGAUCAGCUGAAAUAUAAAUAAGUAAAUAAAUAAAUGAUAAGUGGAUAAAUAUGGAAUGUGCAGAUCGGGAAGCAGACAGCCUUGUCAAGGACAUUUUUACCACAGUUGAUAAAUGCCUUACCGAUGAAGAAAAAAGUCGUUUGAAGGCACAAGACAAUCGUCUGGUGCCGGAAUUUAAAGCAAAGAAACUUGAAGAACAAGCUCAACGUCAUUGGGAUAUAUUUUACAAAAGAAAUGAGACGCACUUUUUUAAAGACCGCCGUUGGACAACACGUGAAUUUGAGGAAUUGUUGGAUUUUGAAGGCCAAACCCACAAUGGAAAAAUUGGAUGCUGUAAUAAGCAGCGGCGUUUGUUUGAAGUCGGUUGUGGGGUAGGGAAUUUAAUAUUUCCAUUAAUAGAGGAACAACUAGAGAAAAAACAGGAAGGAAAGAGUUCCUGGUUUUAUUAUGCUUGUGACUUUUCGCCUCGUGCUAUUGAUUUCGUGCGUUCAAAUCCACUAUACAAUGAGCAGCGUAUAAACGCUUUUCAAUGUGACAUUACCACUGAACAAAUAUACGCACAUAUCCCGGAAAGCUCUUUGGAUAUUGUUACAAUGAUAUUUGUAUUAUCUGCAAUACAUCCGAAUAAAUUUGGUAUUGUUAUAGAGAAUAUUUACCGUUUACUGAAACCUGGUGGUAUUGUGCUUUUCAGAGAUUAUGGACGUUACGAUAUGGCACAAUUGCGUUUCAAACCAGGCAACAAAAUAGCAGAGAACUUUUACAUGCGACAAGAUGGAACACGAAGUUACUUUUUUGCAGAGGGUGAAUUGGCAUCCUUAUUUACAGACUCUGAAAGGUUUGAAGUUGUUGAAAAUUCUUAUGUGCACAGACGCACGUUAAAUAUUAAAGAAGGUAUAGAUGUGCCUCGCAUUUUCUUACAAUCCAAGUUUCGCAAGAGAUAAUUGUAAAUACAUACUACAUUACCAUGGA